AUUUUAACCAAUCGCUAAAGACUUCUUAAGUAUAAUUUAAACAAGGAACAUGGAAAACAUAAAUUCAAUACUUUCUUAUUAGUAUUCAAUAAUGGUAGAAUAUGAAAAAAGGUAUUAACUGUUCGUGUAGAAAAUAUUUCGAACAAAACUUCCCGCCUUAUAUUUAAAAAUUUCAAGGUUGAGGAGUCAUUUUGGAUUAUCGAUUGCGUAUCGAUGUUGUAAAUGAAUCGCAAUUCACGCUAUGAAUACAUAUCUGUCAAACUUGCAUUUUUGUAAAAGUUGUGCAACCAGUGUGUUAUUUUAUCAUUGAAAGAAUGCAGAUAAAUGAAGUACAAAGUUUCAACAAAUAUAUCAAUAAUCAAUAAAAGCCUUAAAUGUGUUGCCCGUUGAACACUAGUGUGUCACAAGUUUUUAACCUCUACGGAACGUAAAUAAUUCCUGGAGAAAAUUUUCGAAAAUAGUUAAUUCCAUAUAAUUUGAUAGAAAUUACUAUUUUUAAACUAAGGUUGUUAAUUAUUACGGCAAUUUAAAUAAUUAUCCUGUUCUGGAUGUUAACUUCCUUCGUAAGAGGUUGGAUCGGAAUAUGGAAACAGCAUUUUGAGAUCAUAAUUUUUAACUUCGUUCGCAACAAAUAAUUGGAAAGGAACAGUGAUUACAAAAAAUAUUGAUUUUUGUAUGAUCCCUACUAUUACAGAAACAAUGGCAUCAGAGGCUUUUUUUGGAACUGGUGGCAUACUUCAUAGUACCUUAAUGUUCAUGCUGAGAUUUAAUUGGCAGUCAAGAUAUCGUUUACCGAUGCUUAUAAUUAUUGUAUUAAUUGCAAUAGAUUACAGACUUCAAUUAGCACUUGAAUUUGACAUUAAUCCUGAACUAUAUAAUCAUUUGUGAUUAAGGAUUUAAGUUAUUUAUAGAUCAUUACUAGAUUAUAUUGUCAAACAAAGUUUUAAAUGCUCAUAAGAGAUAAUAAGAAAAGUAUUUUUCAUAUGACAAGAGAUUCAAGAAUGAAAGGGUAUAUAUUGUUGAUAUUUUUAUUUAUUUCUGUUUUGUAGUUUCAGAUUAGUAUAGAAUGACGCUGCGUUGAAAUUGUAUAGGCUAAGAAAAUUUUUGACUGAUAUUAAUUAAUAUUUUCAAGUAUUUAUGUGUCAUAUUGUAAAGAGAGUACUAUAUAGGUUUUAUACAAUCAUUCAUUGGAAUGUAAAUUAUAUAUUUAAAGUAAUAAUUACUGCUGUAAGAUCUAUAUUAUCACAUAAUUUUUAAUGCAUACUUAUUUAUUACAAUAUGUUUUACACAUAAUCAUUAUAUAUUCGUCUGUUUAUAUUGUUAAGGCUCGUAACUUUCAAUUUUGUUACAUGUUUUUUAUUAAGUAAUAUGUCUGAGAUUGACAUUUAGACGAAUAUUCUUUAUUAGGAUUUGAUUAAGGUAACUGUGAUCAAAUAGCUUCAGAUAGUAUAGUAAAUAAUCAAAUUCUUUAGAAUUUUGGCUAUUAUAUAUGUAAUUAUUAAGACCAUCUAUAUAAAUUAUUGGGAAAAUAUAUUUUUGCUAUUAAUACAUUGUAAGAGAUAUUCGAAAAUAUGUUAGUAGUUUAUUCGGAAAAUUUAAAUGAUUGUAAAAGGCUAGUGAAUACAUGCAUUAACAUGAUUUUAAUUCUCUCUCGAUAUAUAUAUACUUUUUUUUUACGUGUUAAUGUAUAUACUUUCACGAUAAAGAAAUGAGGCUAGCAACUGAUUAAGUAUUUUAUUUAUUUAUUUAUAAAUAUUCUGUGAGUAUGCAUACUGUAUUACGUUACAUUAUGCAAUUUCUUAGUUAAAAUUCACAUUGUGAAUGACUUGCAAACAUUCACUGUAUUUAUAGAUUUUUUAUUGAAUGCGAGCAAUUGUACUGAACAUAGCUAAACAAAUAAAUAGAUCAACAAUUAUUUUUCUAAACCAUUAUUUUAUUUCUUUGUCAGGAAAUGACUGUUAAGGCGUAUAAAUAAAUACGAAGGAUUUCUUACAAGCUUUAAAUUUUUGAACUUAAAUGAGUUAACAUUUUUUAAUGUAAAUUUUACGGUUGUAUUAUUGACAAAUUUUUAUCGCUAACUACAAAUUUUUAUUUUUAUUGUUUCAAACAGUUUUUUUAUUCAUUUAGUAGAUUAGAAGUGAUGGUAUAUGAUAAUAUUGUAUAUGUUCUGAGAAGAAUCGCAACUCUUCCAGCAGUAGUUCAAGAGUCGAAACCCUUCCUCAAAUGAAAAGAACUUCGAGGUACAGGUUAUGCCACUUUAGUAAAAUAUUACCCUAUUUAUUUUCCGUAUCUCUUCCCUAUUUUUACAUAAUAAUUUUUAUCAUCAGUUUCCCAAUUCUGUUCUUUGCAUCAAAAUUCAGAUUAAAUUAAUACAAGAUGAUCCGGAUGGUAGAAUUUGUCAAAUACAAUAUGAAGUCGUAAGUUACCAUCAUUAAUUUUAAUGCUUCUGUAAACGGUACAAUAAUGAAAAUAUAUUAUUACUUGAAUUACAGACCAAGAAGAAGUCAGGGAAGUGUUCGAAGCAUCCGCUCUGACUGCUUGUGAAUUUUCACACAAAACGUGAAGAUGUAGAAAAUCGCUACCUUAUAUUAUAAUAUCUUUACCAACAAAAUAAGUAUCUUUUUCUUUGUACCAAACAAGAUCUACAAUCCACUAUUCGUUCCUCUUAUUUCCUUCCAUUCUAUCGAAUAUCAAUUAAACACCCACGAGUCGUUCUCGAAAUCGAUUUCAUUCAGAAGUUCGUCCUUCGAGAUUCGACACUUCGAUCUUUAUGAAGAAAAGUGGCCGGAUUUCCGCUGAACGUGAUGAAGAGGACUGGUUUAAUCUUGAUUUCUGUAAAGUCGCAUGGACGUAUAGGGUGCAUGGUGGGAUUGUCGCUAUAAAAUCCUGGUAAAAUCGAGAUACAGCUUCUUCAGUAUUGUAAGCUACAUGGAAACACUUGGAAAGUUCGCUAGUAUUUGGGUGGUUCUGUUUUUCUGCGGCCUGCCGUUUUGCAGCUAUGGAAACUUUCCUUCUAAAGAUUUUGAGAAUUAAAGUGGCAGUUAUUGCAGGAGAAAAAUUGGACGUUCUGUCUAAGAUAGUCAAUUACAUUCGCCAAAGGCCUCGUCAAAUGAAUGCCGAUGUUACGUUAUCUCUAACGAUCGUCGAAGGUAAAGAUUUGAAAUCUACGAGUUUAACGAGUACUGAAACCUUAAACAAAAUGCGUCCGUUAUUCUUUCGUACAGCUAACGCGAUUGCUAUCUUUUUGCAUGAAAAUGCGCGACAUCUUGUGGAUAAACAUCGAAAUAUUCUUCUGACGAUUUUAAGAUUGUGCGACUCUACUCGACGAGAUUUGUUAGAUAAAGUCAUUCCAGAGAACGAGGACGUUCAGUUAGUGCACGAAAGCAUAAAUUAUCCAAUUUUGUGGCUGAAAGAAAUAUCAUGGCGCCAUGGCGCUCUAGAAAAGGGGAAGACAAAUUUUAAAUUAAAUUAUCGGGAUAUACGAGAACUGAUAAUGCAAGGACCGCCCAAGGAGGAAGAAAGCGAUCGAUGUCUCGCCGAAAUUGUUCGGAACAAGUUGAAUUCCAGCGAUAGAAUUCCUGAUUUGUGCGCGGAGAUAUUGGCAAAUCGAGAAUCUAGCAGAGGAUACCCUCUUACUCAUAGAUUGUUGAUUGUUCAAAUUGCUAAGAUAUUGAAAUGCGAUCGAGGUCUUCCAUCUUCGGAAUUAAUACUAUCUUACUGUUCCGCGAUCCUCGAAGAUCUGAUCGAUAUCGAAACAGCUGGAUUUCCUUAUCAAACGCCAGAUUUAACGAUGGAACAAGUUGUUCUAUGCGGCAUGGAAGGAUUCCUGGAAUUCACUGGCAAGCACUAUGAACGAUUAGUACUGCGUUGGUCUCGUCCCAGCGGCUGUUUCAGUUCGUUUGGAUAUAAAUUCGCCAAUAACGAGAUACGCGUGUCACGAAGAACCUCUAAGCAAACGGACUUUGGUUGCGACAGCCACGCUACUGGUCUAGCCGCUGCUACGCUUUCUUUAUUUAUUCGCGAGAAUCUGGAAAACGCUCGCUGGUAAACGCUCAAACCGCCCGACGAAUGAUCGCCUGCAUAACACGUACGCGGAUAUGGCGCAUCGAUAAAGGCGUAACGAAUCAGAGAAGAAUCUGGAAACGACGGAAAGGAAGAUAACGAGAUAGGGAAGAGGAAGAACUAGUUACAAACAAAGAAUAAUUUAUUUCUCAUAGUCCGUAACAAUAGUUACAAAUGAUAGGAUCUCUACAUACGAUGGAAAGACGAGUAGAAUAGAGUAAAAGUGGGAGCAGGGGAAAUAAAUAGUCAGUCGUUAACCUUGCGUAGGAGAGACUGGUUCUCGCGGUGUGGUAACGCGUAUAUUUUUGCAUAUGCUUAACAUUUUCUUCAUCCUUGAAAAUGAAAUCUAUUCUCGUCCACGGCGGGGAUCAGUCUCGCCUUUUUGAUAUCGCAUUCUGGCAAGCCGGCAGUGUCGGUUUCCUAGCAGAAAACGUGUCCCUCCCUCGCGAUUUCUCUUGAAAUCCGCGAGCUUGCACCCUCGAACGACGUCUGCUUUUCUCUUCAAUAUUCGAUAUAUUUGAUCGUAUUAGUCGAUUUUUCAUGGGCUAUAUAGGUCGUUGAAGCGAAUUUUUUAUUAGAUUUUGAGACACAGUUCCAA